CCCGGAGGCAGGAAGAAUCUCUGCUACCAGACAGUGAUAGAAAGGAUUCUCUCCAAAGCCAUCUGCUCUCAGAGCUGCAGAGAUCGGAGUUGUGACAACGAAAUAGAGAAAGAAGGCCUGGGUGUGCGCCCCGUCUGGAGUUACUGCCUGGGGAAACCAGCCCUCACUUCCUCCCCAGCCUCCGUCAGGACGCAGGCCGCCUGCCCCUACGCAUUCUCCUCGGAGUUGUCUGAGGCGCGGAGAGGACCGCUGCUGAUUAUGGAGAGCGGAGGUCCGCUGGCCACCUGGCGUAGGCUGCUGCUGCUGCUGCUGCUGUUGCUCCUGCCUCCCGGCCAUGAAGGACCAGCCCUGAGACAUAUUCUCCCCACCCAGCAGAGGACUCAGGACCUUCCUGCUCUGCACCUCACCAAUGGCCCGGGACAAGAACCUGUUACUGUCAUGACCUUUAACCUCACCAAGAUGAUAAAAACCUCCUCCUCUUUUGAGUUUCGGACCUGGGAUCCAGAGGGAGUGAUUUUUUAUGGUGAUACCAACCCAAAGGAUGACUGGUUUGUGCUGGGACUUCGGGAUGGCAGGCCUGAGAUCCAGAUUCAUAAUCACUGGGCCCAGCUUACAGUGGGCGCUGGACCCCAGCUGAAUGAUGGGAGGUGGCACCAGAUGGAAGUGAAGAUCCAUGGGGAUUCCGUGCUGCUGGAGGUGGAUGGGGAGGAGGUGCUGCGUCUGAGACAGGUCUCUGGGCCACUGGCCAACAAGCCCCAGCCCAUCAUGAGGAUUGCGCUGGGGGGGCUGCUGUUCCCCGCCUCCAACCUCCGGUUGCCGCUGGUCCCUGCCCUGGAUGGCUGCCUGCGCCGGGAUGACUGGCUGGACCAACAGGCCCAGACCUCAGCAUCUGUCCCCGCUAGUCUCAGAAGCUGUGCUGUAGAGUCUCAACCUGGGAUAUUCUUCCCUCCAGGGACUGGUGCAGAAUUCAGUCUUCAAGACAUUCCCCAGCCUCAUGUAGAGCCCUGGGCCUUCUCCUUGGAUGUGGGACUCCAGCUAGCAGCAGGCUCGGGCCGCUUCCUUUCCCUUGGGAUCCCAGGAAACCCUUCUUGGCUCAGCCUCCACCUCCAAGAUCAAAAGGUGAUGCUGUCUUCUGGGUUGGGGCCAGGGCUGGAUCUGCCCCUCGUUUUGGGGCUCCCUCUUCAGCUGCAGCUAAGUAUGUCCACGGUGGUUUUGAGCCAGGGGGCAAAGAAAGAGAUCCUUGCUCUGCCUCCCACGGGCCCUGGGUCCUUCCUCAACCUCUGGGCCCAGCCACAGGGGCAUCUCUUCCUGGGGGCUUUACCAGGAGAGGCCUCUUCUGCCUCCUUUUGCUUGGAUGGCCUUUGGGCACAAGGCCAAGGGCUGGACAUGGACCGGGCCCUGAGCAGAAGCCAGGACAUCUGGACUCACAGCUGUCCCCAGAGCCCAGGCAAUGGCACUGAUACUACGCAUUAAAUCCCCAUCUA